AUGGUGCGGAUAUACAGUGGAAGACCCCAGGCAGACACUUUCGUGAUGGAUGUUGCCGAUCGAUUUGGAGAAUAUAUGACACCCAAGGACUCGGACAAUGUGACUGAGGAGAUUCUCGUGCUCGACCUGAGUGGUAAGCCUGACGGGAUUUUUAACAAGUCCAUUGUCGGUGUUGUCCUUGCUCAUCCGGUUACCGGGGAGAAACAAUGUCAAAGAUUCACGGGCAUUCCGUUCGCUCAGCCCCCGAUUGGAGAUUUACGGUGGGAAAAACCGGUCCCGUUGGAGGCUCCGAACACGCUGUCUGAGGAGCCUUUUAGAGCGACAUAG